AUGCCGACCAAAGACUUCCAGAGGGAUCUCAAUCAAGCCACUACCCCAGGCCGAUUCACACACCUCACUCGCGUCAGGGCUGGUGAAGGCGAUGGGUCAAUUUCCUUCACCUACACCAGUCCUGAAUCAGGAGAGACCUUUCGCUUCGAAGCGAUCGUCGCUGAUCCCCACGAUUACCCCUCAUCCCACGCCUUUUUUGUCUACUCCACAUCAGAGAAUGUGCCCGCAGAGAUAACCAAGGCCGUCGAUGAGGUUGCCACCCAGUUUGAGGGGUUGUCCAUUGAUGAUGUGUUGUCGACCUUGGACCGCGUCGUCUCGGACGCAAUUCAGGGUCCUACCCCAAAGUCUUCCGACGAUGUGGAUGACCUAGUAAUGUCGAGCGACCAAGAGUUUGGCGACGACUUGGAACCCUCCGACUGGACAGAGGAUGAGGAUAUCUUAUUUGCUACGGCUCCAAGCCCUGCCAAUGUACGAGAGAAGAUCCGCCAGGAUCUCCGUGCUGUGAAGCUCGCGGGGUUCAAGGUGGGAUAUCAUGGCGAUACAGCAGGCUCCAUCAUCGUGUCGGCGGCCAUGCGUAUCUCCAAAAUGGGAAUCUCAGAAGAAGCCAUGAGCGCGUGGAAUCUGCGCCCUACCGAGUAUUUAAUUCUCUUGACCCGCUACAGUCGAUAUCAGACCAUGGAGGACCUCAACGUCGGCGGCGAUUCAAUGAUUCAGAUGCGAGUUGGGCUAUGCGAUUCCUACAAACCCUCGCGCGCGAGCACCAUCAGAGCUUUCCAAGGAAUGGGUAAGACAAAUAACCUACCGUCAAUGGAUGGGGACCAUGACACAGGCCCAUUCUUACGAGGGUUAUUCAUCGGGACGGCACUGGACAAGCUGCUCAAUGAACGAUUCCUUCAUAUUGUGAGGGUUCGGUUGAAAUACGGGUUGUCAUGGACCGGCGCAGAAAAAUUCUUUCAAGUCAGCCAAGGGAAGUUUAUCGGUCCCGAUGAUGCCAACUCGCCAGAGUUUGCCCUGGAGGAUACCUGGAUGACACCGGCCCCUAAUUUCCUACAGGCAGAUUAUAUGGCCGAGAUGAAGCGGUCUCCACCAAAUAUCUCAUUCCCUCUUCUCGCCCAGCUAUUCCUUCUACGCCACUUCGUCAAAUGCACCGAGUUUUGUCUCGUGUGUCAUUGCAAAACCAAUGACACCUUCGAGGCGCUGAAGCCCUAUGUGUGCUCAAACGGGCUUUGCCUGUUUCAGUAUAUUACCCUGGGCAUGGGACCAAGUCUGGAAUACGAGAUUCGCACUCAGCCAUAUGUUGUUGAUAUGCUGGUCUCCAUAGCCUAUGCAAGGGCCAAGUCUGGUCGUCUGGAAGAUUUUCCAACUGGGCUCGGGCUCAUUGUUCCGGACAUUUUGCUGCCCGGCACACAGUUUUCUCAACCCGGGAAUCGAUUUGCUCCACAGAACCCUGAACCAACGAGUAUCAAAGAAAGCGACCCGAGGCCUACCAAAUAUUAUCAGGCUACACUAUCGACGACAAAAAUGGAAAUCUCCCACGACUUUGUCCCCCAGGUGAGAGUUGGCAACUGGAUAUUCAUCUCCAACACGGAUGAACCUGUGAACGGAAACGUCGCAUGGCAUUGUAGGGUGCAGCAUGUUGGAGAGACCUCUGCACAUGUCACACUCUCGCGCCCCAUCUCUCGAGGCGUGCAGCUAAAUGAAGCUGACGUCCUUGGGAACUAUCCGGUGUCGACACCGGUAAAGUAUGUCCAUUAUGACACGAACUUUGACGACAUCCCAGUGGAAAACAAACGGAGCAGUAUGAUCAUGCUCCUCGACGCUCUUCCUUGUAUUGAUGCCAUGUCAACGUUCCUGGGUCCUAGUGAGUCUGGCAGGUUGCUUUCUUCAUGGCAGGACACGAUAAGCCCGGGCGCUCUGGACCUACUUCGAUGGAUUGUAGCCUCCAAUCGAUCGUGCAUUCUGCAGGAUGGCAUGGACGCGGAUCACUUGGUAUCCGAUAUGAGCGGAUUCCUGCAAUUCCGGUUGAUCCAAGGAGCGCCUGACAAAGAGCAACGUUUCUUGGAAGCCGUCAGCGAACAGGCCGCACGCACCAAAUCUGCAUAUCCCACAAUCUUUGCCUGGCAUGGCAGCCCCUUGUAUAACUGGCAUAGCAUUCUCCGAGAAGGCUUGCACUUCAGGGAGAUUGUACAUGGGCGUGCUUUUGGCAACGGUGUAUACUUGUCGAACCUUUACAAUACAUCGGCCGGCUAUGGUAGCAUAGGAGGUUGCAGCUGGCCUCAAAGCAAGUUGAAGAUCCAGUCCAUGGUAUCCUUGAAUGAAAUCGUCAACAACCCGGGGAAAUUUGUGUCAGCCUCCCCACAUUACGUGGUGACCCAGCUUGACUGGAUUCAGCCCCGAUACCUUUUUGUGCAAGUGGGAAACACUUCUACCUUGCCCGGAUUGUGGGAGGGGACUGUGCCGUCUGCUGUCUAUGAACAGGACUCCGCGUAUAUAGUACAAGGUCCGCAUGGAAAACCUGUGCAGAUCCCCAUCUCUGCGUUCAGCAGUAAGCGUCGACAAGGUCUGACCAUCUCACCCGGCAAAAAAAGCAAAAAGAAGAAGAGAAAUUCCCAGGGCACGCCAAUGGAUGUUUGCUAUUUCGAUGAUGCAGCGAGCAUCGGAACUGACGUGGAGGAUCUCACGAUUCUCCUGUCUGAUCCGGAGCAUGAACCGGACGGCGUAUCUUUCAAGAAGAAGAAAGUCAGCACUGUCCCCAAAACCGACUUCAUCCCAGGCACCUUGAAGGAAGACUCUUUGCCUCUGAUUUCACCUCCCGCCUACGCGACUAGCUCGGCUACAACCCUUCUCCAGCGGCAUCUCCAGGCAACCUUGAAGAUUCAAGAAACCGAACCACUCCACGAGCUGGGAUGGUACGUGGAUCCUUCUCUGAUUCGAACAGUCUAUCAGUGGAUCGUCGAGCUGCACACCUUCGACCCAACCCUUCCUCUUGCUCAAGAUCUCAAGACUGCCAAGCUCACCAGCGUCGUUCUGGAAGUUCGCUUCCCCGCGCAAUUCCCCAUGGAUCCUCCAUUCGUCCGCGUCAUUCGCCCGCGAUUCCUCGAGCUUGCCUUUGGUGGUGGCGGCCACGUCACGGCUGGAGGGGCCAUAUGCAUGGAACUACUCACCAACUCGGGCUGGUCGGCGGUUACUUCGAUUGAAAGUCUUUUGCUGCAGGUGCGCCUCGCGAUCUGCACCCGUGAUCAACCAGCACGACUGGCACAUGGUCGACAGUUUGAUUACUCGGUUGGGGAGGCGGUUGCUGCUUACAUUCGCGCUUGCCGAGCGCAUGGAUGGGCGAUACCGAAGGAUAUGGAGGCCAUUUCGUGGGCGUGA